AUGAGACGGGGAAUAAACCUGGAACUGGAAAUAAACCUUCGACGGGAAAUUAUGCUGCAGCCAUUUGAGUAUGAUCCAAAUGAGAAAAACAAACAUAAGUUCAUGGUGCAGUCACUCAUUGCUCCUCCUGGUGAAGUGGAUCAGGAAUCCAUCUGGAAAUCACAAGAAGGAGGUGCUUUAAUGGACACCAAGUUGAAAUGUGUUUUUGAGCUGCCUGCAAACCAAGUAACAACUGCCACUUCAGUGUUGGAGACGGGCAACUCAGGAAAAACAGGUAAAGUGGAGAGUCCAGGGAAGUCAGCAGAGAGGGAUCUUGAGUCUGUAGUGGAAGAAUGUAGGAAUUUAAGACAGGAGAUAAGUAAUCUUAGGACAGAAAACACAACCUUAAGGGAUGGUGUUCGGCAGCGUAGAGCUGGUGGAGACUCUCAGAUGACAUCCAUUCAACCAUCUGUGAUGGAAACCAAGAUUAACAACAUGCCAUCUGUGGUUGCGCUGGUUGUUGCCAUUAUCAUUGGAAUUCUUAUUGGCAAGGUUAUCUUGUAAAAGUUGUGAACACUGGAGCCAUCUGUUACUGUUUCCAUCCUCUUGUCUGAGAAUUUGGGACCAGAAGUUUAGAUCAAAACUUAACUUACAUGUACUAACUAUAUACCGGCAAAUCAAUAAUAACAAAAUAGAGUAACAACAGAACCUGUUGGAGAUAUUUACAGGUUGACUCAAAUUAUUGGACUGUUAAAAUUCGCAUUCUGUUCUUUGUAUACUGAGUGAUUCUGUUUAGACCCACAAUAAUAAACAUUAAAAAUACAAAAACUAUACCGAAAAGAAGAAGAAAAAAACCAGAAAAAAACCCCAAAUCAUCUUCUUGAGGAAUAACUGUACAAAUUAAAUGAAAAUUGUUAAGAAGACAAUGAAAAUGUGGCUUUUGUUGUGUAGGUCUUUGUGAUUCCAGCAAAGAGUUAAAGAGUUUAAGCUGUAAUUAAUACAGCAAAGUUUGAUUAAUAAGGGAAUCAACGUGUAGUGAAGAGGUUUUCAACUAGUGGUUUAAUCCCAACGAGACCUGGUUCUUGAUAA